CCCCUAACCAACUUAGUGACGAAACGGCCUCACCUAGUACCAUAGACCCGUCUUGGCAUCAAUCAUAGCACCCGGCUGAGUAAAACCAUUUGGCACCCCUGAUAAGCAUGUUUACAGUCUUGUUGAUAAACGUGAUAAACACAUCGUAAAUACAUAUAAUGGCGCCACAGAAGGAAAACAUUGAAAUAACUCCAUAUCGACCGCUUUGUGAGGCCGCGCAGUUUCCCUUGGGGAUCGAACGAAUCUGUGCAACCGAGUUGACUUAUGAUGAUUUUUUUCACCGGUUCAUGAAGCCUAACAUCACUGUUAUCCUAACUUCAGUCGCCGACCAUUGGGAAUGUUAUCGUCAUUGGAUUUCGCCUGGAACCGGUGGAUCUGAUGAAAUAGACAUAAACUUUCUAAAACAACGUAUUGAAAAUGUGACUGUUCCCGUGGCGGAUUGUGGUGAAGCCAUAUUCGUUCCUAGCGGAUGGUACCAUCAGGUACGGAAUGAGGAGGAUACUAUAUCGGUGAACCACAACUGGUUCAACGGUUGCAACAUCACAUCUAUCUGGUUGAGUCUGAAUGAGGCUUUUGAGAAUGUUGUUAGAGAAAUAGAAGAUUGUAAGGAUAUGCCAGAUUUCGACGAGCAUUGUCAAGUGAUGUUGAAGGCAUCACAUGGAAUGAAUUUUGAAGAUUUUCUUGAUGUACUGAGCUAUGUUUGUGACAAGCGUGCCAGUGCAUAUGUAAACAACGGAAAACUGUUGCAGUUUCAGAAGUACUCGUUAGGAAGAAAUCACAUUCGGUUUGAUCUAGAAGCGAUUCGAAAUGUUUUGAGUUUGAUGACGAACAGCAGAGAUGCACUUGAUAAAUUACAUUUGUUAAUUAGAAUAGAGAAUUAUAUAGAAUUAAUCAAUAAUUUACUAGUUUAACGAAUAUUUAUAAAGUAUAUUCAUAUGAAAAACGUAUUGGUUAAUGUGAACAAAUAUCCGAAAAAAAUAAAUGUCUACUAUUUUGAGAGUCGUGAGGGUUCAGCAAUCUAGCAGAACCCAAAAACUUACAUUCAUCGUCAAAUGUUUGUCUAUCGACAGAAAUUGAUAAAGCUAGAAUUUCCCCGAACACUGAUAAAAGAGCGCCGUUGUUGUUGUAUUGUUGAAAAGAGUAGUACCUUCGUUUCAUUAGGUUUAUUUUCUAUUGUCGCUUCCAUGUCUCUUUCCAAACAUAGAUAAUAUAUGAUGAACAGAUUGCUUCGCACAGCAAACUGUGGAUUAUAACUUUCUGUACAUCCUUUAUGUCAGCGUAAUCGAUUAUCACCUUAAGGAAAUUGGUGCUUAUGUGAACUGGUAAGAUUGUGUCACAUUUACCCGAAUGUAACAAAUACCCGAAUGCGACAGCUACUCGAAUGUAACAUCGACCCGAACUGACACUUUACUCGAAUGCCACAAUCACCCGAAUGUAACUGUUGCCCGAAUGGUGCAUUUACGCGAAUGCGACAGUUAUCCGAAUGUAACAAUUACCCUAAUGUAACAUCUACCUGAAUGCGACACUUACCCGAAAGAAGGAUAUAUUCGAAUGAUACGCAAAUUUUAUUAUUAGGAAAUAUUUGUAUGUUUAUUUCUGAUGAGUUUUAUAUAAAGAUAAUUGUGGAUUCGAGGACCCCUCGAAAGCGUAAGAUGAACUGUCAAGCGACAGCAUUGCCAACCGAGAUGGAAAAUGAAAGGUGGGAAUAUUUUUUACAUCUGUGACGUCACAGAUCUUGUUUAUGUAUGUUACUUUUCUUAUAAUAGUCCACUACAUAUGAAAAGUUUUGUAAAUAAAGUAAAAAUAAGCAAAUGAAAUAAACGAACUAUGUAUGUUACUUUUCUUAUGGUAGUCCACUACAUAUGAAAAGUGUUGUAAAUAAAAGUAAAAAUAAGCAAAUGAAAUGAACGAACUAGUUUUUUUUCCCUAAAUCAAUGCUAGCGUUCAAAAUUAUAACGGCCCGACAUUUUAACAGAAACUGAAAUUACAGUAUUUUUGAAGUGUUCUAAACUUAAUUUCAAUUCAAUUUUACUUCUCGUUACGUCGACCAAAAACGUAAACGAACAAAGUCAGAGUCACACAAUCUUUCUUUCCUUUUACGGAUAAACAUUUGACAGUGCAUGGGAGAAAAGGUUGCAAUUAUUUUUCAUAUAAAAUAAUCUUGAAAAAUAAAUUUAAUUGACUCCGUGUGACUUAGAUUGAAACGAAAAGUUUUUCGCUUGCGUCUUCGUUUCAGACGACUGAAGUUUUCAGCACCCUAACUGUGAAAAAAGUAAUUACAAUUUCUGACAAAAGUCAAACUUCCAUGAAGUUACUCUAGAGUCCAAACACAUAAGAAUACUAUUCCUGAAAUCAAAGAAAAAAAUAAACAUUUUAGUUCGAGAUAUGUUCUGCUUUUUCCAUAAUGCGAAAAAUAUGAUUUGGAAAUCUGUAAUUAGCUUCUGUAUAUCCUCUUUCAACGUUAUUCGCUGACACAUUCAAUUUUGUACCAUUUGAGUAACUGACUGGUAUGUCUGGUAUGUGAACUUCGUAUCUUCUUGGCUACUAAUGCAAUCAAAGUUCAACACAACCAAAACCCGUGAAUCUUCCCACCUUCUAUUUUUCAUCUCGAUUGCCAACGAUAUCGAAUACAAAAUUAGAGAAAAAAAGAAAACCAAUUAAGACUAAG